AUGGCCUUUCAGGACCUCCUGGAUCAAGUUGGUAGUCUGGGGAGGUUCCAGAUAAUUCAGAUGGCUUUUCUUCUUACCUACAAUGCCAUGGCACAGACUCAUAUUUUAUUGGAGAAUUUCACUGCAGUCAUCCUUGGUCAUCGCUGCUGGGUCCAUAUACUCGAUAAUGCCACUGUCUCUGACAAUGACACUGGGACCCUCAGCCAAGAAGCCCUCCUGAGGAUCUCCAUCCCACUAGACUCAAGCCUGAGGCCAGACAAAUGUCAUCGCUUCAUCCACCCUCAAUGGCAGCUCCUUCAUCUGAAUGGAACCUUCUCAAACAUGAGUGAGGUGGACACGGAGCCCUGCAUGGAUGGCUGGGUAUAUGACCGGAGCUUGUUCCUCUCCACCACCGUGACUGAGUGGGACCUGGUAUGUGAAUCGCAGUCACUGAAUUCAGUGUCUAAGUUCUUCUUCAUGGCUGGAAUGUUGGUUGGAAACAUUGUAUAUGGCUAUUUGUCAGACAGGUUUGGGAGGAGGUUACUUCUGACAUGGUGUCUUCUUCAGCUGGCCGUUGCUGACACCUGUGCUGCCUUUGCUCCCACAUUUCUGGUUUACUGCUCACUACGCUUCCUGGCUGGCAUGUCCACCAUGACCAUUGUGACAAAUGCUAUUCUUCUCAUUGUAGAAUGGACAAGUCCCAAAUACCAAGCUAUGGGAACAACAAUGGCAAUGUGUGCUACUAGUUUUGGGAAUAUCCUACUGGGAAGCCUGGCUUUUGCUAUUCGAAACUGGCAUACUCUUCAGCUGGUUCUGUCUAUACCGAUGUUCUUCUUUUUUAUUUCCUCAAGGUAUGAGCUCCCUUUUGUCUUUCUCUUCUAA